CUCUGCUGGGUUCGAGCCGGGGCUUCUGCCGCUAUCACGUUUCCAGCAGCCUCCACAUCUAGAACUUUCCCCUCACUUCAGAAACACGCUCCACUUCCGCGGCAAACCCAUGGCAAGCGAACGCAGCUUCCCGGAUAGCUUCGUUGACGAAGAUCCACAGAAAGCUCUGGAGGCGCUUAAUGAGGCCUUGCAGGGAGACUCUGACAAUGCCGAGUGCUUUUGUCAGCGUGCCUAUGCCCACAUACUGCUCAAAAACUACAGCUGUGCUGCUGAUGAUGCCAAGAAAGCACAACAGCUAAAACCCAGCCUUCCCUUAGCUUUCAUGCGAACAGGAAUAGCCGAGUACCACCUGAACCACUAUGAGUCAGCACACGCAGCCUUCACGCAGGGACACCAACUAGAUGUUUCUGACAAAUCAUUUGAUAUCUGGAUCAAGCGGUGUGAGGAGAUGAUUGCAGAUCAGACACAAAACAGCGGCGUCAACACGACACCGGCAGUUCCACCCGUGAAGCAUGACUGGUACCAAACAGAAAGUCAAGUCAUUGUCACAGUUAUGGCGAAAAAUGUACCCAAGGAUGGUGUGCGUGUCAGCUUCAUGGAAAAAGAGCUGUCUGCCACAGUACAGCUGGCAUCAGGGGAGAACUACAACCUCCAUCUCCACCUCAUGCACCCCAUCAUCCCCCAACAGAGCAACUUCAAGGUCCUCACCACCAAGGUGGAGAUCAAGAUGAAGAAGACAGAUGCCAUCAGAUGGGAGAAGCUGGAGGGAGAAGGACAGGAGUCCAACAUCAAACACUUCGAUCCCAAUCAGUACCCCUCAUCCUCCCACUUCACCUGCAAAUGGGACAAGGUGUUGGUGGACCUGAACGAGGAGGAGAAAGAUGAGAAGCUGGAGGGAGACGCGGCACUCAACAAGCUCUUCCAGCAGAUCUACUCCGACGGCUCCGACGAGGUCAAACGAGCCAUGAACAAAUCCUUUAUGGAGUCAGGUGGUACGGUCCUGAGCACCAACUGGAAAGAUGUGGGCAAGAGAAAAGUGGACGUGAGCCCACCGGAUGACGUAGAGUUCAAGAAGUUCUGAGCACCUCCCUCCUCUCUCUCUCUCUCUCUCUCUCUCUUUUUUCUCUUUCCUCCCUCCUCGGUUUAACAUCACCUCUCUCUACAUUUGUCCACCUGAGCUCCUGGUUGCUCUGCAGCCUGCGUGGCCGUCCCUCUUCGUCGCCUCUUCCUUGUGUCAGUGUUUUUUCACUAAGUGCAGGGAGCCACGGCGUUCCCACUAUCACUCCACCAAAACCACACAUGGCCUACUCUCCGCAAUAGCUCUUGACCGGAUCGGGUCAGUUAAUUUGAAUAAUCUGUUGAACGGAUUGAUUUACUUCAUCUGAUUGUGUUAAAGGCCAAUGGACUCAGAAGGGAACUAAAAUGCAACUCCAGACCCGACAUGCUCUGAUUCAACGUUCUUUUCUCUCCUGGUUUCCUCCAAACAUCCACAGUCUGUUGUUUUGGUUUUUUUUUUAUUUGGGAGCCUUUUAAGAGUCAUUAUUAUCAACACUUGUAUAAAAAUGUAAAGUUGCUAAAAACAAGAACCAGCUGAGAUGUUUAAAUUCCAACUAUGAAUGAGUGUCUUGGCUCAUUUCUUUUUUUUUCUUCCUGUGUACUCAGUAAAAAGUCAACAGCGAUACUCGGCAAACUGACUUGUCUGGAAUCUGUGUGACAUGUCAGCCAGUGGCUUAGCACCGGCCGUUCCCUCAGUGUGACUCAAGCUUCAGUGUAAAUAAAAGAUUUGUUGUUUGGCUCACAAA